AAGAAAAAGAAAUUCAGUGGGCAAUGGGGGUAAUCCGACCCGACGACCCAUGUCUAGUCGAAGAUGAACAAAACAAAUCAAGCGAAUGAAAACCACCAAGUUGCUAAAAACAAUCCGCCGGUAUAACUUUCUCUGAUUUAUAUAGAGCAGCAUGAUGAAUAUUUCACUAUCAUUGUGUAGAAGAUUAAAACUGAGUGAGCUUGUAGCAAAAGUUCCGGUCUACAGUUCCGGUAGUGAUGCAUCUGGAGGGGGUUUUAACUUGAUGUUAAGGCGUUGGGCUUCGAAGAAGACUGCAGGUUCCACAAAAAAUGGUCGGGAUUCAAAACCUAAGAAUCUUGGGGUGAAAAAGUUUGGUGGCGAGAGGGUUAUACCUGAAAAUAUCAUUGUUCGUCAGAGAGGCACCCGUUUUCAUCCUGGGAAUUAUGUUGGGAUUGGCAAAGAUCACACUCUUUUUGCUCUAAAAGAAGGAAAUGUCAAGUUUGAACGUCACAAACUUAGUGGCCGCAAAUGGGUGCAUGUUGAACCUAAGGAAGGCCAUAUGCUUCAUCCUAUAUACUCAAAUCUUUCAGUUUCUCAGCUGAAGACAUCUGCUUAGUAAUACCACUGUUCUUGGCCAGACAGUUAUAAUCUAUCCAUAUUAUUUGAUGGAGUCAAACCCUUGCUUUUACUUUUGUGGCUAUUAGUUCGGUUUAGAUUUGAUAAACACGGGCAAUUUUUGUAAGUUUAAAAUGGUUCUGCUAUGAGCCCUGUGAUUAGGCCUGUAACUGUAAAUGGAUCGGAUAUUCGAUCCGAUUCGAUUCGAUCCCUGGUUAAAUAAAUGGAUAUGGAUCUUUAUUAAAAAAA